CCGGGCUCCCGCCCUGGGGCCGCCAUUGCCAGGCUUCUCGGGCCGCGCAGCGCAGCUCCCUGGCCUCGCCGCGCCGAGCGGAGCGGCCGGCCUGACGGGGCUGCCCCCGACCGAGCUCGCCUCCCCCCGCGGUCAGGCACGUCCCCGGCCGGCCCAACCCGCGCCGCCGGCCGCCAGAGCCAGAGGGGCGGCCUGAGCUCGGGGCCUCCCACGGGAGGGGCCCGCGUCCGAGGGAACCACUUCGACUUCCCAGCUCUCGGAGCUCCCGUGGGCACGACCGUGAGCCGACAGGUUCCAGAGGCCCCUCCGGUCCCGGCAAGGCUUCUCUCCGCGUUCCCGAGGAGCCUGGUCAGAGCGCUCUGUCCCCAAGCACUGCACCUGCCGGCGGCCCCAACCCAGCGGGAGAAGUGGACAUGAGGUUGGCAGGCCCCCUGCGCAUCGUGGUCCUGGUCCUCUCCGUGGGCCUCACCUGGAUCCUGGUGAGCAUCCUCUUCGGCGGGCCUGGCAGUGGCUUUCCCCGCAUCCAGCAGCUCUUUGCCAGCCCGGAGAACUCAGUGACUGCAGAGCCACGGGCCAGGAAGUACAAGUGCGGCCUGCCCCAGCCAUGUCCUGAGGAGCACCUGGCCUUCCGCAUGGUCAGCGGGGCUGCCAACGUCAUUGGACCCAAGAUCUGCCUGGAAGACAAGAUGCUCAUGAGCAGUGUCAAGGACAACGUGGGCCGUGGACUGAACGUCGCCCUGGUGAACGGGGUAAGCGGAGAGCUCAUUGAGGCCCGCGCCUUCGACAUGUGGGCAGGCGAUGUCAACGACCUGCUGAAGUUUAUUCGGCCGCUGCAUGAAGGCACCCUGGUGUUUGUGGCCUCCUACGACGACCCCGCCACUAAGAUGAACGAAGAGACCAGGAAGCUGUUCAGUGACCUGGGCAGCAAGAACGUCAAGGACCUGGCCUUCCGGGACAGCUGGGUGUUUGUGGGGGCCAAGGGUGUGCAGAACAAGAGCCCCUUUGAGCAGCACGUGAAGAACAGCAGGCACACCAAUAAGUACGAAGGCUGGCCCGAGGCGCUCGAGAUGGAGGGCUGCAUCCCGCGAAGGACCACAGCCAGCUAGCGGCAGAGCCUGGGACAGCACGAGGGACGCAGCGCGUGCCCAGCCCAGGGAGGCCUGAGCCCACGCCCGGCCAGGAGCGUUCUCUUGCCCCGACACGUGGGGGCGCCAAGGCGGAGACCAGCGACCAGGCCCUGAGCUGUCGUGGGGGUGCACGGCCGCCGGCCCUGUCGCGCCUGGUCAGGGGGCCCCAGGGACCCGUCCCCUUUUCCUAAAGCUGUCCCCCUGGUCAGCUCCGACCCAGGUCCCCAGCUCCUGCAGCCCCAAGCCUGGGAGCAGCCGCCUGGCAGCUUGGAGCCCUUCUAGCACCUCACCAGCCCAGAGCGGGUUCGCUCUUUCCGUGUGACUCGUGAUGAGCCACACCUGGCGGCUCCGUCGGGCACCUGCUGCCUCCAGCCUUGCUCCCCGCACAGAGGAGCGGCCACUUUGGAGCCGGGCCGGUCGGGUGGGGAGGCGGCGAGUCUGAUCACAGUCACUAGCACGGUGGGUGGCAGCUCCUGCAGUUUGUCCGAGGGCCUGCUUUCUAGACGACCUCUCAAUAAACUGGUGGCUCCAGUGGAA